GUGCGAAAACGUUGCCUAUCUUUCUUGGCGCUCUUGGUGUGUUGCUUGUUCAGGAAAGGACAUGACAGGAACGGACGUGAGAUCAUGAGGCAUUGAGGCAAACGUUGAACUGGUGUUAUUCCGCCAAAGCAUUUUGCUUAAGCCCUAGUGGUGAUUUCUGUGCAGCGAGUUGUGUGCUUUGGUCAUCUAAGUGUGGGUUUUAGGCAUGGCUGCUGAUGCGGGGAAUGACGGCAGCAUGUCGCCUGAAAUGCCAUUGCAAGGUGAUCAGGCCAAACACGUGGCAUCCGGUUUGCAAGCGCCAUCGCUUGCUUUGAGGCUUAUCCCAUGUGAUCGUUGUGGAACUCAGAUCCAAAUGAAAGUUGGUGCUUCUUUGCAGUUCUGUGGCAAGGAUACCAGCAAGGAAAAGACAUUUCACUUGCAGGCCGCUAAGGCAGGUAAGGAGCAGGAGCUUGUGAACUUGAAGAAGACAGACCCACAACGAUAUCUAUCCUUGUUCAACACCUUCUGUGACGGGUUGCAGAAGGGGCCAGGACGCCCAAAAGCCAGCACAGCCGAAGGAAAGCCAAAGUCCUUUGAUUUUGCUGUGUUGGAUGAACAUCGUCAGAUCGGCGAGCGAAAGCAAGUAGGUGUCCGCAGUGUUCCCAAGUGCUUCCAAGACUAUGUAGAUUUCUACACCGGGAAGACAGGGGAAGUUCCAUCUUGUCAACGUUUGUCCCGUGAAGGGGCAGAGCACAGGUGGAAGAGGGAGUUCGCGGAUCGUUCUGUGGAUCGGGAACAACUCAAACAAUUCAACGAGCUAGGGGAAUGGACUGGUGGCUAUGCAUGGGCCUUGUAUGUGGAUUUGCCACGAGAGAAGUCCCGAAUCCAAUUUGACGAAACUUGUUCAAAACAGUCUUGCCAGUCUGUACACUCUAAAUAUAUCUAAAUCAUAGCUCGCACUAUUUCCAUAGCCCUAGACACAUGCCCAUACCUGGUGCCAGUACUUCAGGACAAGUUCAUGGACUUGAAGAAGCAGGUUGGGCAAAUCAAAAAUCCGGGGGAGGAGGCUGCGCAGAAUAUGGAGGAGCAGUGCAAAUCCUUAGCCACCAGCUUGCGCGAUGACACUGAGGAGUUCUAUGUGAUGCCAUCUACCGCUGCUCCACUAGCUGGGGGCAAGGGAAAGGGCAAGGGGACCAAGCCCAAGAACACCAAGCCGCCCAAGGGUGGACCUUCUGGCCCUUCUGGCAGUGUGGUGACAGCGUCGAUGACAUCAAGGCGUUUGUCAAUGAGACCUUUCAAUGAUCUCAAGAGAAACUUGACAACGGCGAUUGCGUCCGCCAAGCACCUCUUGGCGAAGGUUCGGGAUGAUGAAGGGAUCACGGAGGACAUGUUCGACACCCACCCAGCUCUGCGUGAAAUCAACAAGCGAUUGACCAUGGCUCAAUUUGCAAACGAUCCUGACGUUGACCCAGUCCGUGGUCAGUCAAUCUCAGCAUCUUUGUGGGCCUUGAUGAAGGAUGAUGCCUUCUUUGUUGAGCUUGGAGCGCUAAGGGAAGAAGCACAAACGGUGGGCCAACUGUCAGUGUUUCGCAACAAUUCUGACCUUUUGGGAUGUGUUGACGACGUCCACACCGGGUACGAGCUGCACGGCAGGGCACUUGUGCAUAUGAACAGCCUGGCCACUGGUUUGAUUACGUCAGCCAAACAAUUUUCACAACAAGCAGCUGCCGUCAAAAAAGCCCGGGAAUUGGAAAUGAAGGAAGAACAGAAGGAGCUGGCUCGUGAGCAAAAGCGUCAAAAGACAGAGCAAAAGAAGGAACAGAAGUUGCGGGAUAGGCUGGCAAAGAAGCAGCAGGCAGAGAAGAAGGAGGAAGACCAACAGGAGCAGGAGGGCGAGGUCGAGGAUGAGAACAAAAAGCGAUCAGCAGGGCCCGGAGGGCCGACAACGGAGAUCCCACCUCAGAAGAAGCGCAGAGCCCCUGCAAAUGUAUGGUCAGAGUUGACUGAUACAGAUCCACUAGUUCUCCAAUCAAAGUUCACGGAUUCAGCAAUACAGGUGGUGGAAGACUUUGACUUGGGACUUCAGUACUAUGCAGAUUGUCAGCCAGUCAUAAUCCGUGCGAGAAGGGCAACUUUGAAAAAGGUUCUGGAGCAAAGCUUCGAGGAUCAGAAGUACGUGAAGCAAAUCAACACUGUACUUCUUGGAGCGUCCCGUACUUUCACAUCAGACAUUUGCGCAGAGUUCGCGAAUCCCAAGUCAACUGCCACAAGACGAAUGCAAGUGCUGAAUGACAUUGAUACGGAGGUGGCCAGGGCAGUGUCUAUGGAUGAUCUGCUUGAACGCGUGCUGGAAGAAACCAACAAGGACAUACUCAUGGAGCCAGCUCUUAGAUGUUCGGAGAAUCUCACAGAGCAUUUGGACACAGAGGUGCAAGAAAGAAUGAAUCCUCAGCGGUUUGCAGACUCCAAGUCCAAGUGGGACCAGUUGCAGCUUUAUGCAGUCCAAAAGGGCACUAACUUCGCUGGCCAUGCAAGCGGUGGUGCAGGCAUGGCUCAAAUCCAGGCAUCAGGAACCAGGAUUGUGGCUCUGUGUAGGAUUGACCAGCUGUGGUCAGAACUUGGCUGCUCAAGCAUCCAAGCUUGCCUGGAUGGGUUGCAAAACCUCACACCUGAACAUGAAGCCUUCAGGGAGCUCACAACAUUUGCCUAUGGCUGCUUCCUUGCUGGAGAUAUUCUUCUGGUGCCGCAAGGCUACGUCUGCGUGGAGAAAGCCGUGAAUGACCACAACAUUGGCUUUCGAUCUCUGUCCCACAUGUGCUUUCACCGGCUUCAUGAAUCAAUGAAGAUCUUUCGGCUCCAUUUGGCAAGAAAUUAUGGAACUGAGAUCAUGUGCAGUGUCUUGGAACAAGCGGCAACCACCGUUUGGGCAGAUUGGUCACAAAGCAAAGCCAAAGCUGCUUUGGCGACUUUAACUGGCACUGAUGAAGUUGAAGAAGUUGAGGAGGGCCAGAGGAAGGCUCUGCCAGGUCCUACUCUACCACUUGAUUCCCACCCUGACAAUGUGCGAGCAUAUGUCAAGAUGUGGAGAAUGGAUGCGGAGGCAAGAGCAGCUCAGUCGCGGCCGGUGACUCUGGAUUUCCUUCAGAGAAAUUCGGCUGUAUCAUUCCACAACUUCUUUGAGUAUGUGUCCCUCAAGAUGGAAGAUCUCGG